CGAUCUCCAUUGCGUUUAUCAGAGAUUUGUUGGCUGAAAGUUAAUACCAUCUAGCCGCUAAACAAAGGAUGACGCUUGAAAGCCUGCUAGCAAGUCUGACCGCAAAAGAGGAACAACCUAUUUCAAAAAGUUCUGCGAAAUCUGGAGACGAUGUCUCCGCGUUCCUCGCCGAGAAUGACGCGGAAUUGAAGAAGCUCAUGGAAGAAUUUAAUCGUAGAGUAGCGGCGGCGGAAGGGGGUAGCUCUGCAUAUCAACCUGAAGUACCCAGUACGGAGAUUGUGCCAGAACCAGGGUUUGUCAUAAAGACGCAUAACCAAACACAAGUGGGCGACUGGCCGGCUGGACUGAAGGUGUUUAUCAACAUCUGUCAUAGUCCACAUGUCCCCGCCCCCCCGCUUGCUUCCGACGAAGAGAUCCGCCGGGCAAUCAAUGCUGAAGACAACGCUGCAUACAAAGUUCCACUGAGUUUAAGCUCCCCAAAGGCAGAUCGUGACAAAACCGGCAAAACGUGCUUGGUGUUUGAUGCGUGUGUCAACACUGAUCCCCUCAACAAAGCGUUGAUGGAUAUGGAUUUUAAGCUAUUUUUGAUCGAACUGUCCUUGGAGUGGGUGGAAGAGAAACACAAAUUGGAUCUCAGUAGAGAAUUCACCAUCCCGAAACUAAGAAGCAAAGGCCCACUCUCCAAGCACAUCAUCCGGCGCACCAAACGCCCUGUCAUCGCCGAAGUGGAUCCAAAUCAGAAAUCGACCCCAAAGCCCAAAGCCACCCCAUCUGCAUCCAUAACCCCUAUCUCGACGACAAUUAAAUCCAACAAGUUGCAAAAACUACCACAACCCGUAUAUACUAUUGUUAAAGAACCACCUGAAGGUGAAACGGAGUACUUGGUGGUGGAAGUGUCUUUACCGGACAUUAAAACGACCAAAACCGCCUCCCUUGACAUUGAAGAGCGUCAACUCAUCUUGUCGAUUCCUGAUCGGUAUUAUCUGGAAGCCCCUUUACCCUCCGCGAUAGAUACGCGAGAAGGUGGGGCUCAGUUUGAUCGUGGAAGACAGGUGUUGACGGUCACCCUAAAGUGCUGAUUAGGCGAGGAGUCACAGGUAGUUCUGUACAUAAGAUUGGGUUGGGUUUGUGCAUAAUAAGAUGGUGCAGCGAGUUUGCUUCGUAAAUUAAAACAUGUGCAAACGUGGGCGGCUCGACAACACGCAGUCUGAGCUAUGCAAGAAAGAAAGUUUGAAAAAUGUCAGAAUGUAAAUGGAGAUAUAAUAUUCAAAACUAUAGGAAUACAAAAUGGCUGCGUUCGAAACGCAAGCUAUGAAAUGAGGUCUUCCCGCUCAGACCAGCCAAACGGACCAAA